AUGAGCUCCUUCACCCUGACUCCAGCUCCCUGCCGGCUGUCUCCAGCAGAGCUGGAUGCAAAGAAGAAGAGAAAGGAAUAUUUAUGUGCCGGUGGUGACUUCACACGCCAUAAUGGCACAGGCGGCAAGUCCAUCUAUGGGGAGAAAUUUGAGGAUGAGAACUUCAUCCUGAAACAUACAGGUCCUGGCAUCUUGUCCAUGGCCACUGCUGGACCCAACACAAGUGGUUCAUAGUUUCUCAUCUGCUCUGAGUGGGGGGGCAGGCACGUGGUCUUCAGCCAGGUGACAGAAGGCCUGGAUAUAGUGACAGCCAUGGAGCACUUUGCGUCCAGGAAUGGCAAGACCAGCAAGAAGAUCACCAUUGCUGACUGCGGGCAACUCGAAUAA